GAUAAACUAUGUCGUUUCAUAGGUGAAAACCCGAAAUUUCAUUUUAUCUGCAAGAAUAGAAUCUCUCAAGCCGCGGCCUCUCACUCUGUUUUUCGGCAUUGCUGCUGCAGCCGACGGCGCUUCUCACUCAAAGACCUUUCCAUUCAAAGACUCUGUUUUCUUUUAGAAAACCCAAAAAUCCCCUUUCUCAGUUUUCUUCCCUUUUUGAGAAACUUUCUUUGGGUGGUGUUGGUUAUUGUUGGAAAAAUUUAGGAGGUUUGUUUCGUUGUUGUAUUUUUGGAUGGAAGAUUUCAGCGAUAUGGGGCAGGGGAACGGCAAAAAGAAGAAUAAAGACAGGAUCAGCGAGUUAACUGAUGAACUUCUUCUUAAAAUCAUGUCUUUCUUAAACACCAAGCACGCAGUCCAAACUUGUGUUUUGUCCAAGAGAUGGAAGAAACUCUGGGAAUCCCUCCGUUACCUUGACUUCAAUUAUAAUACUUUCCCCUUCAAACGGAAAAUAGUUCACUUAGAUCACCUAGAACUAGAGAUGAAGAUGUGUUCUUUCAGCAAUUUCAUCAGUCAAGUCCUCUUCCGGCGUGAUUCCUAUGACCUUGUCAAGGUUUGUGUCCAGUCUCCCAACUACAACCCGCAUGCUUCUGUCCUAGCCGGUUUGAUUUGUUACGCUGUUAAACACAAUGUCCAACACCUCACCUUCCAACUCAACUUCAGAGGUGGUCUUCCAUUUUCAUUGCCCCAGAGUCUCUACACUUGUCAAUCAUUGACAUCACUCGAGUUGAAACGUAAUGAUUGGAUGGCCAUAGAACUACCCACAUUACUGGCUUGUCGAGCUCUUAAGUCUUUGCAUCUUUCUCAUUUCUCUAUGGCUGGACCAAACUUUGAACCAACGGCUUUCUCAGGUUGCCCAAAUCUGGAAACUUUGCAACUUUUUGAUAUUGUGCCUGAAAGUGAAAAUUUAUGUAUUAAUGCUGAUAAACUGAGAAGCUUGGUUCUUUCAUUUGCAUUACUUAUUGACGGUAAGGUUGAGAUAUAUGCUCCCCGACUCACCACUUUUAAGUAUUCUGGUAUUCUUCCCAUGGUGUGCUUAACGGAUAACCUUGCAUCUGUGGAUGAUGUAUAUUUUGAUAUAAGGACACCCAGAUUUAUUCACAAUGAGGAAGAGUAUGUUAUUCGUUUGAUCAACACCUUUAAGGAGUUUCCUCAUGCAAAAUCUCUCACAUUAUCGACAUCAACAAUCAAGGUUCUCAGCAAAUUUCCUUCCUUGGUGGUUCAAAAUCGACUACCAUUUGCUAAUUUAAAGCAUCUGAAUAUAAAACUUAAGAAGUGGCAAAGGAAGAGGUUUGAAAUGCCUGCAUGUAUCCUGAACUACUUUCUCAACCGCUCCUCUGUAUUGAAAAUAUGCAUGGAUAGCGAGAUGGCAAGCUAUGACAGUUCUGAGGAUAGCGAUUAACUUGGGAUUAGUAAACUCUUUCUAAAGUUGAUUGUCAGUCCUUUUGCUGUUUUGUUUAUGUAUUGAGCUAGUUCUAAAGUUGAGGAAACUUUGGUUGUAUAUAUGCAUGAAUUUCACUCUCUGAAUUUCAGUUCUAUUCUAUCUCAAUCAAAGAUUCUCAAGCAACAAGUAUGUUUUAGUA